ACUGCACGGCUCUGGAUAAAAUAAACUGAAAUACACAGAAUAUUAUCAGGGAACUAGUUCUCACCGCGGAGGAAGCAGGACAUGCCCGGGUUUUGUUUACAUCUGGAUGGUUUGCUUUAUUCGUCACUGUUUGUGUUUUCGGGCUGUUUUGUUAGGAGUUGGAGUUUGGAGUUUAUUUCGGUCUUAAUGGGAUUAUUUUUGUUGUUUGGUGAUGUAAAACAUAGAAGAGAGUUACAGAAGGAGUUUAAUCUUGUAAUGUCUGCAUGAUUCGUCAGGACUCUUCUGUGAUUCCUGGUAUAAACAGCGCAGUGAACAAGUAUUUGUUGCUACCCUUUAUAAUUUCAGCUAAUCAAUCAAAUAAUAUCGAAAAUAACAAGAGUAAGUAAAACGUACAGUUAUAAAAUUAUUUUAUAGAGCUUUGGAACGUGACGUCACUGCUCUAGGCGUAGGGAUAUGAGCGCCAUCUUGUAUGGCCAUAAACACAACUGAGAGAAACGACUGUCUCUCAGAUAUUUUCAAUAUAAGUUACUUAAAAUUAUUUAGCAAUGGUUCAAACUUGCUGCGUUAUUGGCUGUAAUGUCCGAUCACACGACCGAAAAGGUAAAAAGAUGGAAAACGGACUUUCGUUUCACUGUUUUCCUGCCUGGAAACAACGCGAGGGGGCUAAGCUAUCGGAGCUAACGAAAAGGAGACGAAUGGCCUGGAUAUCCGCGGUGAGACGUCCUGAUAUCACGUUCUCCAACAUCCCAAGAUAUCUAAAAGUUUGCUCCAGACAUUUCCAUUCUGGCAAACCGGCCUAUGAAAUGUAUGAGCUCAAUCCAGACUGGUUUCCAACGCUGAAUCUGGGUCACUGCGAGGGAAAAGCCACAACAUCCGACCGACAUGCGCGUCAAUUAAAGAGGCCAUACAGCAGCGCAGUUGAAGGCCAGGCAGCAAAGACCAUGGUAGAUCAACAAGUUACAGAAUCACCAGAAGAGGUUUUCCACGGCAUCAUGUCUGUUACUUCAGAGGUUCCAGUUGAUGAUCUUCUCAUAAACAAAGAGAGACGAAUAAAAGAGGAAGAGGAGGAACCAGAACCACGGCCAAAUAAAGCAGAAAAAAUCCAGCUGUGGGUCGUUCAGGAUGACGGACAGCUCAUCUUAAAGCGGGAGACCAGCACCUCUACAGCAACUCGUGUUUAUGAGGAAAUGUGCCACAGUGAACCAGAACUGGAGCAGAUGAUGGAGACAAAAGAGGAACCAGAACCUGUAGAGAUUAAAAAGGAACCAGAAGAUCCAGAACCUGUGAGGAUUAAAGAGGAAGAGGAGGAUUGCAAUCAGGUUAAAUAUCAUCUUGUAGUGAAGGAAGAGCCUGAAUCCUUUAUGGUGACUCCAACUAAUGAUCAAAAUCACAACAGUGAACCAGAACCAGACAAGAACCAGCCUGAAGAUGGAAGCAACCAGAACGACUCAGGAUCCAGUAGAAAUCACGGCGACAACGUGGACAAUUCAGAACUACAAGGGCAAGAAUCCGAUUUUCACCAGUGUAACAUUUGUGGUAAACGUUUCACUAAGCCUUACUACUUAACUGCUCACUUGAAAACCCACAUGAAGGAUAAGCCGUAUUGUAAAAUAUGUGAUAAAUAUUUUACCAGGCGAUCGUAUUUGACGGUUCACAUGAGGAACCACUCAGAUGGACCUGUACAGAAACUAUUUCCUUGUGAGCUUUGUGAAAAGUCUUUCAAACGGAGUAGUCAUUUAGCGUCUCACCUCAGAACUCACACAGGUGAAAAGCAGCUGCCUUGUAAUAUGUGUGAUAAAUCUUUUACAAAGAGAAGUAAUUUAUUAUCUCAUCUCAGAACUCACACAGGUGAACAACCAUAUCAUUGUGAGCUUUGCGAUAGAUCUUUUAAACAUGGUAGUAAUUUAUUGCGUCACCUCAGAACUCACACAGGGGAGAAGCCAUACCUUUGUGAACUGUGUGACAGAUCUUUCACACAGAAAGCCUGUUUAGACGAUCACCUGAGAACUCACACCCGGGAGAGACCGUUUAGUUGUGGGUCCUGUGAUAAAUCUUUCAUACAUCAUAGUGAUCUGACCUGCCAUAUGAGAAUUCACACAGGUGAGAAACCAUAUUCUUGUAAGCAGUGUGAUCAAACUUUCAGAUGGAGAAAAAGUUUAGUUCUUCACCUUAAAACUCACACAGAUGCGACUGAUAAAAAGCCUUAGCUAGCUGCUGCUAAACAGUCAGUACUUGCUAACUCUGCUAAAGGUGUCCACCCCAUUACUCCUGUUUGUUCGUGAAGGAAUUAGCAGCAAUAUAAUAAUGUGAGGAAAAGUGAACAAACAGUGAAUCUGAUUGGAUCCAUGUAUAUAGUGUAGAAAAUAAUGUUAGAACAAAGUGAUCUUUGAUUCUUUUCCCAGUGGGAACAUUUCUGAGCAGCCUUAGAAAGAACCUGGUGGAACUGGUUUUUCAUCAGGACUCUGACAGUAGAGCACAUCACUCACACUGAUAUACACUUAAUGAUUUAUCCAAUUUUGGAACAGCUUUUCUAAAUCAAGGUUAAAAUCCCAUUUGUUUAGAAUUGUGUUUUAUUAAUACAAACUGGAAAAUGGAUUUAUUUGAGUUUUUAUUACAAUAUUUUGUGAUUUUGAUGAAGAUGUAUAAUGUUUGUUUUCAUUGUGUACAGAAUCCUGACCUGCCUUGUCUUUUCUUGCUUCAUGUUUAUUUGGGACUUAAAAUGGAGCUGAAUUUCUUUAGAGUAAAAAUAUUUGUGUCCAAUCUGUCUGCUUAAUUUUUUCUUUUUUUUCUUCUAGUGAGGAGAAACUAUAGCAAAAGUUCUUACAAAUAUUUUUAAAAUCAGUGAUUUUGAUUGCAAAAAAUUACAAAAAGAAUUGUAAAAUCCAAAAGACACUGAUUAUAAUUUAUCACUGCUUUCUGUCUUUCCUUUGUUGCAGUGGUUGGACCAGAUUGUAACACAAUUAAUUACAGAUGCACAUUAAUAUGUUAUGGAUGUAUACUUCUUGUAUUAUGGAUUUUUUGCAGAAUUUAAAAACCUAAUCCAGAGCAGUAAUAAACAUCCAUUUUUAGCUGGACAUGACUGUAGUUUGUUAGUUAAAUGCUAAAGUCAUUCUUAAAGUUGGCUGAUUAAAUUGGGAGAAAAUAUAUUUUUAUACGUGGAGCAAGACUCGUGUCAACUUAGAGAAAAAAUGUUUGUAUUCGGAGGAGAAACUUUAAUUGUGAUCAAAAUUUCAGUAGAUUAGAAAUUAAAAGUGUCAAACAAGUUAAAGGAACAAUAUCAGAAACAAAGAGAAGAAAAGAUGGUUUUAAAACAUCCAUUGAAAUGAUAAGUGAGGGUUUAGUCAGUUGUUACAUUUUUAAAUGUAUUAUUUAUCUAUUUUUAAAUUACAUGUUUUGUCGACGUUCCUGGCAGUAAUGCACCAUUUAUUUCUUUGCCAGCCUUCACUACCUGCCACAAGAAGAAGAACGGAAACCUUGCUAUGACUUCCAGGCAUCCUUCUUGUUACCUUCGGUUAUAAAGCGGUUUUUGCCGUGUGACCUGAAUAUUUCAGCGUCUGCAGUAACAAUAUCUUCGGUUAAUCAUCAGAGAGCGACUAACUGCUGCUGUUGGAGGAAUAUUUAAAAACAUUUUCCAUUAGGAGGAAGAGAUCAGAGAUCAGUCUUCAGCUCAGACUGCUGAGGAACAGCUGGAAAACCCAAAGCAUCCGUCCUCGAUGCAGCCGUCACGGCAUCGAGUCCCGACCCUUUGACCUUUGCUGCAUGUCUCCCCCCUCACAACCCACUUUCUGAAAUAAAGGCCAAAUUAAUAGUUUUCUUUCUGGUUGUUUUUGAUUUAUACAGAACCCCGACUCAACGGAUAGCUGUAUCCAAGAUAUGAUGAUGUGUUUAUGCAAAUAAAACUCAACUAUCUGCAUAAUUCUCAUCGAUA